CCCGCCCACCGUUGCUAUAAAGGGAAACCGGGCUGCACGCUCUCCAAGCUUCGUCCGGCGCCUUGGAUCCACUUUCGUAUAUUCCGGUGUAAGGUCGCUAGUCAGACCCCAGCAGCCAAGAUGGUGAAGCAGAUUGAGAGCAAGUAUGCUUUUCAGGAAGCCUUGAACAGUGCAGGAGAGAAACUCGUAGUAGUCGACUUCUCAGCCACGUGGUGUGGGCCUUGCAAAAUGAUCAAGCCUUUCUUUCAUUCUCUCUCUGAAAAGUAUUCCAACGUAGUGUUCCUCGAAGUAGAUGUGGAUGACUGUCAGGAUGUUGCUUCAGAGUGUGAAGUCAAAUGCAUGCCAACCUUCCAGUUUUUUAAAAAGGGACAGAAGGUGGGUGAAUUUUCUGGAGCUAAUAAGGAAAAACUUGAAGCCACCAUUAAUGAAUUAAUCUAAUGUUUUCUGAAGACAUGACCAGCCUUUGGCUGUUUAAAACUUGUAAUUUUUUUUAUUUACAAAAAGGAAUGAUCAAGUGUGAAGACUAUAUACCUAACUGCCAUCUGAUAAGUGACAAUAAAAUAUUAACUGUACCCUUUUUAAAACUGUCUAGUGUCUUUGCAUAGUUUUCAAAAUAAAUGAAAACUGGCCAUUUGA